CCUCGGCCGAGGUUAGUUUAAAAGAGCACUCGUCAUCGUGUGCGCAGUCCAAUACGUGUCCGCAGUCCGAGAGAAAAAAGUACAUCCAGCGGUCGUAUUCCGUUUUUCUCUAUUUUUUCCCCUCUCGCCGUACACCUGUAGGUACAGAAUUCAAACGCCGACCGAUCAGCACCGUCAAUUUAAUUUAUUGUUCACAUAUUUUUAACACGCAUGUGCAUAAUAAUAGAAAUCGUCUAGUAAUAAAAUAACAUAAAACCGACGAGUGCGACGCGCGUUUACAGAUAACACGGUUAGUCCGUCUCUCUAGUCCGUAUAAAAACACAGAACUCCACACACACUCACACACACACACGUAACAUAAAUCAUCGUGACAAUAACGCAUUGCGGUGUAGUAUCAUUUGUCGUCGCUAACGUCGUCGUCACCGUUCAAGUAAAACGCGAAAAAUGUUAACAAGUCUCGUUUGAUAUCUACACGAAGGGACCUAGCCACUCUUCCGUCGCCGAUCUAAUCGUCCGGAGAGAAUCCGUAACCUGCCCACCGACCACCACAGCCGGUGUCCUCCACACGUCGUCGUCAAACGACAAAGUUUCCAUGAAAAUGACGGAAAUGAACGCGGUCAACACCCAGAGCAUCGCCGACUAUUUGGCGCAAUUGCUCAAAGACCGCAAACAAAUCACCGCGUUUCCAAACAUGUUCAUGCACGUCGAACGGCUUAUCGACGAAGAAAUAACCAAAGUCCGGGCCAGCCUGUUCGAAGUGAACGGCGUGAAGAAGGAACCGUUGGUGCUGCCGGAACCAGACGGCGCGCCCGUCACCAUUACCGAAAAAGUGUUCGUGCCAGUUAAGGACCAUCCGGAGUUCAACUUUGUUGGAAGGAUAUUGGGCCCACGAGGUAUGACUGCAAAACAAUUGGAAUUGGAGACCGGAUGCAAGAUUAUGGUUCGGGGAAAGGGUUCAAUGCGUGAUAAGAAAAAGGAGGAACAAAACAGAGGUAAGCCCAAUUGGGAACAUUUGAGCGAAGAACUUCAUGUUUUGAUAUCCGUUGAAGACACUGAAAACCGGGCUAAGCUCAAGUUGAAGAGAGCCAUUGAUGAAGUGAAAAGGCUUCUUGUACCUGCUGAUGGAGAAGAUGAAUUGAAGAAACGCCAACUGAUGGAACUUGCUAUCAUCAACGGUACAUAUAGGGACUCAAAUGCUAAAGCCUUAGCAGCAGCAGCUUGCGAUGAGGAAUGGCGUAGGAUGGCUGUUGCAGCAGCUGCUGAGACACAGCGACUUUUGUCGCCACAUGGUAUGGGUGGCCUAGCCACAACUUUGCGACCACAGACUGCCACGCCAUUAACUGCACCACUUAUAUUAUCGCCACGUAUCCCAACUGCCAUUACUACUAGUGGUGGAAAUCCUGGUGCACCCCAACUUUUAUCUCCUGCUGAACAUCAUCAUCAUGCUGCAGCAGCAGCAGCUGCAGCUGGUCUUAUAUAUACGCCGUAUGCUGAUUAUGCCAACUAUGCAUUGGCUGGAUCACCAUUGAUCACAGAAUAUACUCCUGCCGAUCACUCGGAAUGUUCGGCCAGAUACAUGCUAAUGGUUCCAGAACUACAAGGGCUCACCUACCGUCACUGGCCAAAUCAACCAGGUGCAGCAGCCGCGGUUGCGGCGGCGGCUCAGGUCGCCAAACAAAGAAGGCAUUUGACUCAGAUCAGGGAUCAUCCGUAUCAGAGGGUUGGCACUUCGAUUGUCAAUUAAAAAAAAAAAACCAAAAUUAAAAAAAAAGUUCUUU